AAGACUUUCAUUUCUUCAUCUCAACAAGUAUGGCGGCGUACUGAAGGAAAUUGUUUGCUGUUGGGUUGAGCUGGGCAGCUUCUUUGAUGAGCAGAAGCUCCUGUCAGAGCAGCCUGCUGCCCACACUCCUCAGGAACAACUGGAUGACCUUGAGUGUCACGGGUGCUCUGUGUGCCGUUCCUUUCAUCCAGAAACCAGAAAAUCUGUCCCAUGAAGAUCUAGUGCGGAGGGCAUCAUCUCUGGUCACAGAUAGUGCUAAUACUUACCUCUCACAAACUACUUUAGCACUGCUUGAUUCUCUCUCAGGUUAUAUUAAGGCUAUAAACAGUCUUGUGUCAUUACACAAGCGCUAUGUGGGUUCCAUCAACAGAUUCACUUCUGUGGAGGAGGAUGCAAUCUGGCAGGUCAUUCUUAGGCAUCGUCAGGAGGUAAUUGACAGGAGAAAGGAUUGCAAACAAUUUGAAUCCUGCUGGAUGACGGCCAUCAAUCUCUCAGAGCUAGCAGCAGAGGCAGCUUUCAAUGCAG